GUAAAUAAGAAUGUACCAUCCGAUGCACAUGUAUUGCGUUUAUUGAUCAAAACUGGAAUAUUUGUACUUUAUUUACUUUAUUUAUUAAUUAAAUAUGUUUAUUAUAUUGAAUGUCACUGAAAUGUGAUACAUUUUUUUUAGAAUGAUCCAUUUAAACAUUAUGAAAUUAGAUUAGAAGUAUGAAUCGAUUAAAUCGUCUAAAUGAAAUGAAUCAAAGAGCAUUCUCAUUACCACCAAAUAAUUAUCCAUAUAAAAUAGAACAUCAUUUCAUGAAUAAUACAAAUAUACCAUUAUAUACACCGAAUAUUAUAUCUCCAUCAAAUAAAUUGAAUGAUGAUUAUGUCAAUCAUGAAAAACAUCAUUAUGAUUCAUUCAAUUACAAUGAUAAACAAGAUCCAACAGAUAGUGAAUUAAUAUUACAAGAAACAUUUAAUAAUUUUGAUAUGAUAACACGUCAAUUUAUGGGAUUAUCAUCUAGUUUAAAUAGUUUAAAUACUGAUGAUGAUAGUGGUUAUGUUCAUACAUCAUUUGGUAAUCAUAAUCAAUUAAUUGAUUCAACUUAUUCUAAUACAAAUACUACUAAUACUACAACAUCUGAAGAUUCAAGUAGUAUAAGUGUGAAUAAUAAUAAUAAUAAUACUAAUAAAGAUGAAUUAUUAUUAGUUAUGAUUGAAGAUUUAGUUGAUUGGUUUCAACAAAUGUAUCCAACUAUGACUAAUGGAAUGAAUUCAGAUAAUUUUUUUGAUUAUUUAUCUGAUGGUAUUUUAUUAUGUCAUCAUGCAACUGAAUUACAUCAUCGUUUAGCUUUAGAAACUAAUCAUUCAAUUAAUAAUUCUAAAUCUAUCCCAUUGCAUGGUAUACGUAUUAGUGGUAUACAAGUAACAUUACCUAAAUCUAGUCCAAUUUAUCAAAACUAUGAAUAUCAUCAUUCAUCUAAUGCGAUUAUCAGUUUUAUAUCACGUAAUAAUGUAUCAAAUUUUUUACAAUGGUGUCGACAACUUGGUAUGUAUAAUUCAAUCUUAUUUGAAAGUGAAGAUUUAGUAUGUAAAAAAAAUCUACGUAAUGUUAUUGUAUGUUUAUUAGAAUUAGCACGUCUUGGUAAUUAUAUUCAUAUGUGUAUACCAGAUAUUGUUAAAUUAGAAAUAGAAAUUGAUAAACAAUUAACUAAUGAAUUCAAUCAAUCAAUUAAUCAAUAUUCAAUCAAUUCAAAUAAUCAUUUAUUGAAUAUCAAUAAUAAUCAAAAAAUCAAUAAUAAUAAUAAUAAUAAUAAUAAUGAUAAUGAUGAUGAUAAAAAUCAAUUAACUUAUUAUCGAUCAAAUUGUUCAAUAGGAUUACGUAAACAACAACAACAACAACAUAGGAACAUUUCAAUGAAUAAAACUAAUCAACAUACAUUAUUAGAUUGUAAUAACAAUAAUAAUAAUAAUAAUACUAAUAAUAAUAAUAAUAAUAAUGUGAAGAAGGAGAAACAAAAACAAGAAUUACAACGUCCAAUUGUUGAUUUUCGUUCAUUAGAUGAAUUAGUACGUGAACUAUUAUCACAAUGUACUUGUAAACAAACAUUCCCUAUGGUUCGUAUUGGUGAAGGACGUUAUUUAUUUGGUGAUAAAGGUACACAAAUAUUUGUUCGAAUACUGAGAAAUCAUGUGAUGGUUCGAGUCGGUGGUGGCUGGGAUACACUGAGUCAUUUCUUAUCGAAAUACGAUGAAUGUCGUAAAGUUAAUCCAUUAGGAUCAUGUAAAUUAAAUUCAAUGAAUCAAAAUUCCAAAUUGAAUGAAGAUAAAAUUCAAAACAUGGUAGAAUGUAAAUUGAAUGUUGUAAAAAAACGUACAUCAUCUGUAACUAAAGAGAAACAAUCACAUAGAGAUAAUGAUCACCAUAAUGAUGAUAAUGAUAGUUCUAAUGGCAAAGUACAAUUGAAUCAUAAAAUUGAUUCAGAAUUAAUGAAAUCAAUGAAAAAUAUAAAUGAAAAUCAAAUUCAUCUAAAAAAAUCUUUAGAAGAAACAAAUUGUCUUACUAAAUCACAAUUUUUCUCUGAACUCAAUUUAACUUCAUUGAAUAAUGAUAAUGAUGAUGUUGAUGACUUGAAUUGUUCUACACAUUUUCCACGAUUUAUUAUCCCUGAUCAAUAUAUGAAAGAUCCGACCAGUUUAUCAACAGAUGGUGAAGAAACUAGUUUCAAGGAUAAUCUUACAAAAGAUUGGUCAAAUGAAAGUUUCGAUAAGACACAGUCAUUACGUAAUAGCAUUACUACUAUUAAUACUACUACUGCUACCACUACUACUACUACUAAUACCAAUAGUAAUAGUCAUAAUAACGAUAGUAAUAAUGAUUCUAAACAAGAUCAUAAUAGUUUAAUUAGAAAACCAUUCAAUACUACUGAUAAACUACUUAAACAAAAAUCAACUAUUACUAUCAUACGAAAUGAAUUAGAUAAAUCUAAUAUGAAACCAUAUAUUGUAAAUAGACCAUGUUUACCAAAUAAUCCUACUACUACAACUAGUAGUAGUACUACUUAUUAUAUUAAUAGUAGACAUCAUAAUUCUAUACAACAUCAGAAUCCAAUAGACAAUAGAUUACAUAAUAAUCAAAAUUUAUCCAAAUCAUUAAAUUCAUUAAAUAUAAAUUGUAAACAAUUAAUUGAUAGAAAGAAUUCAAGACCAGUUGAAAGGAUUUCAGUUUUGCCUAUCAUGAAUGAUACUACUAUUAAUAAUAACAGUAGUAAAAGUAAUAAUAAUAAAUUUACUAGGAAUAGUUAUACUACUCAUAAUCAUCGAUUACAAUCAAUAAAAAGUCAUCAUGUAACAGAAAGAAAAUCUACAAUGCAACAAUUGAAAUCAUCACCGUUACAUCAUAAUAAUCAUCAUCAUCAGAGUAGAAACCAGCAAAAUCAAAGUAGAAGUAAAUCAGCUAAUAUGUUUAAUCGUAAAUUAUCAUCUACAUCUACAUCAGCGUCAGCAGCUGCAGCAUCGUCGUCGUCAUCAUCAUCAUGUAAACAAUUCAAUCAUCAAUUAAUCAAUAAACCAGUACAAAUUGUAUAUACAUCAGAAGAGAAUAAAAGACAUCCAGAUAAUUAUGUAAUAGAUGAUCAUUUACAUCAAUCGAAUCAUUCUAAACAGAUUAAUCCAUUAAUUUCUACAAAUAGUAAAUUAAGACAUGGUUCAUUAAUACCUAUAUCAACAAGAUCUUAUUCAAGUUCUCGCAUUCCAUUGAAACAACAUUAAUUGAUUAUUAUUAUUAUUAUUAUGAUUGAAAGUGCCUCAUUUUGUUUGUUUCUGAUUAAAAUCAUAAAUCAAUUGAUGUUAGAUCAUUCUUGAAAACCUGGAACCGUUGGAUAACCAUUGUGGACUCAUCAGAUAACGAAGAAACAGUCAUUCAGCGCUUUCAGGUUUUCAAUAGUGAUCAAUUGAUUACUUGAUUCAUGAUCUUAAUCAAUCUUUAUAAUUUUUGUUGUUGCUAUGCCUAUGUAAUCUCUUUUCAUAUUGAGAUUAUUUUCUUCUCUUCUUUUUUGAUAAAGGAGAACAGAAAACACUUUUUUUCACAUUACAUUAUUCAUUUAUUAUCAAGCAUUCUGUGGUCAGAUUUAAAGUCUUUCAUUGAAAAGAAAAGCAAGACUAAUUUGAAAAUCAUCUUUUUAUCAUCAUGUCCCAUCUCUUUUUUAUUAUCAUGAUGAUACUACUAUUAAACAUUUUAAGUAGUAUAUUUGGUUAUUACCGUUUUCGUUUCUGAAAAAACUCGUUUGCAGUGCUUUAAUCAAUCAUAUUACGACGAUUCAUAAUGAUUAUCAUAUACUAUACUAUACUAUAUUGAUAAGAGUUAGUUAUAUUGGUUUCACACAUCUUCUAUACAAUCUAUAUGGUUACACAUACACACAAUGCAAUAUGAAUUACUUGUGAUCUAAUUAAUGAGUCAAGAAGUAUGAUAGAUUGUUUGGUAGUUGGAUUGAUGACUUGAUUUAAACUAGACCAUCUGGAAGUAGUAGAUAGUCAUUUCGUUCUAGUAUGGUAUUCCUCAACAAGACGAAAUAACCAUCGAGUACUUUCAUGUUUUUCAUGAUGGUCUAACUUCAAUUGAUUUAUCAAUUCACUUAGUAAACUUACUAAUAAUAUUUACACAAAAAAAAUCCUUCUCUGAUUGAUUUUUUACUUCCCACGUUUGUUUCUAUGACAACGAAUGAUUGAUUAUUUAACUUAAAGUAUGAUCACACUUUCUUUGUUGUUGUUUAUUUCACUCAUUUUCUUUGUUUGUUUGUUUUUCUCUUUUUUUACAAGAUUGUUAUCGAUUAUUUCAAUGAUUCUCCUUUAUUUUUUUGUUUUUUUCUUGUUCUUAUUGUUUAUUAUCUUGAAUUUCUGUUGGUUAGUGUUUUUAUUUCUUUUAUACGAUCUCAUUCUAUUCUGUACUGUACUGUUUAUGUUUUGUUUUAUUUUUCAUUUUAUAAGUAAAACAUUAGUAUAGAUGAUAUUGUUGAUGAUUCAUUUGUGAAUAGAGUUGAAGGAUGA